AUGGUAGUCAGCUAAUCUAUCGACUGAACUGCAAGUCAGCGUACCAAAUUACCAACCAGUCUUUCACAUUAAAUACUUCAAUUUUCGAAAACAAAUUUUCUUUCAAUUAGUAUUAAUAUUAUAUCAUAUUAUUCUUAGGAACGCAAAUCUGGAGAAUAUCAGCGAAAACAAAAACCCUUGGGUGUUGGGUAGAGUUUCCGACAAGUCUUGAUCUACGCUCAUGGCUUCUCCGGUAACUCGUCGAUCAUCACUCUCUCUUCAUCUAUCUUCGUGUUUUUCAAAUACUGAACUGAAUUGCAAUGAUAAUGAUUCAGCGAGCUGCAGAAACCACUGAGAACAGCUUGGAGAAGAUCAAGCGCCAACUAGCUUCCGCUUCUGGUCGAAAUUUGUUGCAGGGACCACUUCUCAAGAGAUCUGAAACCCUGAGAAAAUGGAACGAGCGUUGGGUGAUUUUGGAUCCAACAACGGGGAGAAUGGAAUACAAGAUAAGGAGAAAUGAACCAGCUGUUAAAGGAACGAUUAUAUUUGAUGCAAAUAGCACCAUAACUGUAUCUCCAGUGAAUUUUCAUGGGCUUCCUAAGUAUGACGGGUGCUGCUUUUAUAUUGGGACACCACAGAAAAAGGAUUACUUCCUCUGUGCCGAGACUCCAGGUGCAGCUAGAGCAUGGGUGUCAACUUUACAUGCCACUCAGUUGGUCCUAAAAGCCCAUAAAGAAGCUGUGAAUUCCUUAAGUGGGAAUGGUUCUACAAAAUUAGGAACUGUUGCAACAGUUGUUGCUGCAGCCAACUCAACAGCCUUGGAAUGUUCAAAAGAAAUUGAAGCAGCAAUGCAGAUUUCCUUGCGAAAUGCUCUGGGAAUGAUGAAUAAUAAGACUAGUGAUGGUCCUAUGGAUGAUUUAACAAUCAUGAAGGAAACACUUAGAGUAAAGGAUGAGGAGCUACAGAAUUUGGCACGAGACCUCCGAGCACGUGAUUCAACUAUCAAAGAUAUAGCAGAUAAACUAUCUGAGACUGCUGAAGCUGCUGAGGCAGCAGCAUCUGCUGCUUAUACUAUGGAUGACCAACGGAGAAUUGCUUGUGCAGAAAUUGAGCGUUUAAAGAUAGAUUCUGACAAGCAGCAAGAGUUGUUUGCACAGAAGCUAAAAGUGGCUGAAGAAAAGAUACUUGGCUUAAGUAAAGAAAGAGAGCAGUUAACCAGGCAGAGAGAUGCUGCUAUUCAGGAAGCAAAUAUGUGGCGUACUGAACUGGCAAAAGCUAGAGAGCAUGAUGUGAUCUUAGAAGCGGCUGUGGUAAGAGCAGAAGAGAAGGUUAGGGUUGCGGAAGCAAAUGCUGAAACUAGGACAAGGGAGGCUUUACAGAGAGAAUCUGCGGCAAUAAAAGAGAAGCAAGAGCUUCUCGCAUAUGUGAACGUACUAAAAGCCCAACUUCAAAGGCAACACAUUGAUACAACUCAGGUUUUUGAGAAGACAGAGUCAUGCUCAGAUACAAAGCAUGUUGACCCCACAGAAGAGAAUGUGGAUAAAGCAUGCCUAAGUGUUUCUAGAGCUAUCCCUGUCCCUGCAGAGAAUGUAGUCCACAUGGCUACUGAUCAGGUGAACAUUCAGCCGGUUGGGGACAAUGAAUGGAGUGAUAUUCAGGCAACAGAGGCAAGGAUAGCUGAUGUAAGGGAAGUAGCACCCGAAACUGAUGGAAGCAGCUUGGAUAUUCCUGUGGUUAGCCAACCAGGUACCAAUCAUCAUCAUGAACAAGGAGCAAACUCUUUCCAUCAGCCCUGAUGUUAUCCACAAGUAUACAACGCAGACAAAAUUUCAACUUAAGGCAAUGUAAUUAUACCAUUUUGUUGGAUGAGCGUGUAAGCCUUAAUUGUUCACAAGUUAUCAGUUGCCUAAUCAAGCUGUGUUAUGACCUGCCCUGAAAGUGAGUACCUUUUUUCUGAUGUAAAUGUAAUACAACGAGCUCAUCGUGAAUUUUCUUUUUUCCUUUGGUCAGAAUAAUUUUCUGUGAUAUGUAACAUUUUAUCAACUAAUGGGGCCCUUAAUUUUUGGUCCCACUUAAAAACUCAACUGAAGGCCCAUGUGAUCAUAGACAUUCAUGAGGUGACUGGUUAUAAAAAGCCCGCAAAUGUUUU